GAUUAGUCCUCCGCACAACAGCUGUGUAAAGUCUCACAAAAUCAACCCUUGACCCAUACACCGAAUUCACACCGAGUAUUUACGGGGAGCUGGGAUGCUAAAUGAGUAGCUACCGACAUCAAAAAUGCUCUCAAAUUCAAACAUACUACCUAAACUCUACCUGUCCAUCAUUGAUGAUGUGAUCGAGAGUGUCCGAGAGCUGUUCAUAGAUGAAGGAGUGGAAGAGAAAGUUCUAGAUGAACUCAGGCAGCUAUGGGAGUCGAAGGUCCUACAGUCGAAAGCCGUGGAAGGUUUUGCCAAAGACAACAUCAAUCCGUCCGACUUUGUCCUGCAGCUUCCUGAAAGUUAUCCCCAAAAGCUACAGAAAUCCGCAGCUUCUGGUGUUUUUCCUGGCAGGCAGCAGAGUUUCACAGGGAAAGCUAGCAACACCGGCACUAUCACGACAUUUUCCCUGCCACCUGGAGUCACUUAUCCUGUUCAGAUCCCUGCAGGUGUGACCCUACAGACCGCUUCAGGCCACUUCUACAAAGUGAAUGUUCCUGUGAUGGUAACUCAGGCUCCGGGUUGCCAGCGCAUGCCUCCUCAAUCCAACCAGCCACAUGUGGAGCAGAGAAACCUGCCCUCUGGUAUCCUUCAUAACCUCCCUGCCUCCCAGGUGCCUCCUCCACCUCCGUGUCCCCAAUCCGUACCCGCUCCCCAAGCCCCCAAACAGCACCAGGUGCUUCAGCAUUUUCAGAUCCCCCUGGAACCUCCUAUUCAGACCCGGGUCCCUCCCGAGCCUCCCGUUAACCCCCAGCCUUCAGAGUCUCCCCCGGCAAACCUGGAUGAGUUUACGCUGGACGGAAUCGACUUUAGCCCGCAGCCGCUGGACAUGAGCACUCCGUCGUGUCUCUCGGCGGAACAGAUGGUGGAGCGGGCCAUUAAAGCGGCAGCAGAAGCCAGGCUUAAUGCUGAGGACACACUGAGUCAUUUUCUGCCUGAUUUGGAAAGGACACCUGAUGGUGCACUUAAGCUGGACAUGGACCUGCUGAGAGACUAUAACUUCAACGAGUUGACGGACAUCCCGCAGGUCGACGGGGCGUGUGACAGCAGCUCAGAGGCGGGAGAUGAUCAGGAGGAGGAAGGGGAGGAUCGAGGGCUUGUCGGGGAAAACGAGUUCCUGGGCAUGAUCAACGCCGAGGCUCUGCAGGCGCUUCAGGGGGUCGAAGGAAGCAGCGACGGAAACUGCAGCUCCAGCAGUGACGGGGAUGAGCCUGAGCUGGAGGACGAGGAAGAGGAUCCACUGAACUCUGGAGAUGACGUAAGUGAUCAAGACAUACCUGAGAUCUUCGAUACUGAGAACGUUAUUGUCUGUCAGUAUGAUAAGAUUCAUCGCAGUAAAAACAGGUGGAAGUUUUACCUGAAAGACGGCGUGAUGUGUUACGCUGGUAAGGAGUAUGUUUUCUCCAAAGCUGUUGGGGAGGCUGAGUGGUGAGAUGGGGGGGGAAGCAGGACACGAAACACCUUAUGAUACUAUUUCAGUGUGUACAUUACAUUUUUGAUUUGUUUAGAAAUUCUAUUUAAAUUAUUAACUUUAUUUUUUAUUUUUUUGUUAAUUCAAGAAAUAUUCUUUCACAAUUUUGUUUCAUGUAUAUGUGACUUUUGCAUUUCCAGACUGUAUAAAAAUAUAUAUUUGCCAUAUACUUUUAA